UCUUUUUAAUUAGCGCAUAUUAUCAUAUAUCAAAGAAAUUUCAAUCAAAUUAAAACAAUUUUAUUUCCUAAAUACUUAUUAAAAUGAACUUUGAAUUUGCUAAUCCAAGUAAGGAAUCUUCACGUGCUGCAUGCAAAAAAUGUGGUUACGCCGGCCAUCUCACCUACCAAUGUCGCAAUUUCCUAAAAGUCGAUCCUGACAAAGAGAUUCUCUUGGAUGUUGAAAGUACUAGCAGCGAUUCGGAAACCGACUAUUUAACACCUCUGACAGAAUUACGCAUGCAAGAGCUUAAAGAACAACAACAAAAAGAAGUUGUUAAAAAGCGUAAAAAAGACGAAGAAAAAUCCAUCGUCAAGAAAUCAUCGUCAUCAAACAAAAAAAAAGUCAACAACAAAGAAAAACGCGACAAGAAAAAACGUAAAAAACAAUCUAGCUCGAGCAGUAGUUCCUCAUCAUCAUCGUCGUCAUCCUCAUCGCCAUCCGAUUCGUCUUCAUCUGAUUCCAGUGAGGAUGAAUAUUCGACAUCGUCGUCCUCGACUACCGCCGAUGAUAAGAAAAAGAAGAAAACUGGGUCCAAAGAUAAGAAAGUGAAAACAAAGAAAAUCCACAAGAAGACCAAGAAAUUGCCUCGAAAGAAAAAGAGACAUUCAUCGACUUCUUCAUCGAGCUCAUCCUCCGAUGAUGAUUUAUCUAGUUCACCAUGAAGAGCUAAAUUAUAUUCCACCUAAAAAGACUUGAGAUUUGAUAUUUUAUAAACAAAGUAUUUUUAAUCCUUUACAAUAAAAAAAUAAUGACAAAGUAAACAUCAGUUAUUGAUGUUGC